AUGCGCAUCACUGGAAAAUUGCCGGUUAGCGGGGAGAUGUCAGAAAAUCGUGCGGGGAAGAGUCACAUGGCUGUUGGACGGUGCACACACACCAAAGAGCAUGGAGUGUUGCGCGAAAUGGGCGGAGCAAGAGAUGGCCGAGCUCGGGGAGCACAGGAAGCGCCGCGUGCUGUUGGUGCACUGCCCGAAUCGCAGCCCGGACAUCUUGCUGCCAAUCUUGAGACCCCUCAUGUUCACCCGAAUCAUCUCGUGUCCCACCAAAUAUUCGCCAAACUUGGCGGAAGCUCAAAAAUGCCUGGACACGUGGCAAAAAUUUUCCGAAGAUUCAAGUAG